UGAGUGAAGGUGCAGUGGCUUGCGCUUAAAGACGAAACUUACUUGUAACUGUAUUGGAAUAUGGACUAUACGUACGCUGAUGUGGGUUGGCAGCUUGUUCUUGCUCUGCGGUCUCCUCUCGAGACGCGGUGUGGUUCCGGCGGUCAGUCUUGAGAAGGUGCCGGUUGGUGUUGUAGGCAAGAGUUCUCGAUUGUUUAACUGGAUUCAAAUAUUUGUUCGGAUGUGCAGACGUGUGUGAUUGUGGACUAGGAUAUUAAGAAUUGUUCAUUACUUCAUACAACACCUGAUAAUGAAAUGCUGUUUCUAAUUACUAGUACCUUACUUUAAUGUGCUUCAGAAUACGAACUUGAUUUUUUAUAUAAAGAUCAAUUGAGGCGCUGCCAUGCUCAUACGACACCCGGCGGCCAUAUUGGUCGCCAUAUUAGGAUAUUUCACACCGCUGUUCUCUCAGGGAUCGAGUAGUAAUCUUUUUUCGUGUCCAAACGGCUGGGAACUUCGAGGAUUGCACUGUUAUAAAUUCUUUAACACCCGCCAUUCGUGGGAGAAAGCUGCCGAACUUUGCAGAAGGUAUGGGAGUGACUUGGUAGUAGUGGAGUCCUUUGCUGAAAACAAUUUUACUGCUGGUCUGGUCACGAGAAGCACAGGCCCUGCAGACCGCAGUGGACAACAUUAUUGGCUUGGACUUGCAUCUCUGGAUGACCUACGGACCAAUACUCUUGAGUCCGCAGCUGGACUUCUAGUCUCACAAUAUGCUGGCUUUUGGGAGCAAAGUCAACCUGACCCACGAUCAGGAGAGUGUGUGGAUGUGACAUUAAUGGACAGUCAUCAGUCGUGGGAGUUAACAACAUGUGAGUCUCUGUUGCCAUUCAUCUGCAGAUCUGCAGCAUGUCCUGCAGGAUCAUACCACUGUUCAAAUGGACAGUGUGUGAAUGCAGAAUUUCGUUGUGACAACCAAAAUGACUGUGGUGAUUGGUCAGAUGAAUUAGAUUGUCCAUCCAGUUGCCAUUACUAUAUGGCUAGCAGUGGGGAUGUUGUAGAGAGCCCAAAUUAUCCACAUAAGUACCAACCCUUGGCAGACUGCAAAUGGACACUUGAAGGUCCUCAAGGACAUAACAUAUUGCUGCAGUUUCAAGAAUUUGAAACAGAGAAGUCAUUUGACACAGUUCAGAUUCUGGUCGGUGGACGUACUGAAGACAAGUCACUUAAUCUGGCAACACUGUCAGGCAAACAAGAUCUCAGCAAUAAGUUGUUUAUUUCAGCCUCAAACUUCAUGAUCAUCAAAUUCAGCACUGAUGCAUCUGUAGAAAGAAAAGGAUUCAGGGCAUCAUGGAAGACAGAGCCGCAGACAUGUGGAGGCGUAUUGCGAGCCACCCCACAGCCGCAAAUUCUGACAUCACCUGGCUAUCCUCAGGAUUACCCUGGUGGAUUAGAGUGCUUAUACAUCAUUGGGGCUCAGAUUGGAAGAAUUGUUACUCUAGAAAUAGAAGACUUGGAUCUGGAAACAAAUCGAGAUUACAUCCUUAUUCGAAAUGGUGAUGAUCCCAAGAGUCAACCAAUUGCUCGUCUUACUGGAUCAGCAGAGGAUAACCUCCACCUUAUAAUGUCUACAGGAAAUCAGUUGUAUGUGUACUUCAAAACCAGUCUGGGUGAUUCUCGUCGUGGAUUCAAAAUCAAGUAUUUGCAAGGAUGUAGGGCAUCCAUAACAUCAAUGAAUGGCACUUUCACUUCACCAGCUUUUGGUUUAAGUGACUACCCUAGCAACCAAGAAUGUCUCUACAAGAUCAAGAAGCCAGGUGGUGGAGCACUCUCUCUCAAGUUUGAAGAUUUUGAUGUGCACCAGUCAGAUUUUGUGCAGGUUUAUGAUGGGGCAACUACAAGUGGCUUGCAUCUGCAUCCCAAUAAUGGCUUUACAUCCAGCACAUCACCACGAAUCACACUCACAGCCUCUAGUGGAGAAAUGUUAAUCAGAUUCAUUACAGAUGCUUUACAUAAUAGCAGAGGCUGGAAAGCUACUUUUUCUGCAGACUGCCCAGCAUUACAGCCUGGAUUAGGAGCUCUUGCAUCAAGCCGUGACACAACAUUUGGUACCAUUGUAACAUUCACUUGCCCAGUGGGACAGGAGUUUGCCACAGGGCGUACUCGUAUCACCACAGAAUGUAUGCUAGGAGGCAACUGGUCUGUUACUUAUAUUCCACCCUGUCAAGAGGUAUACUGUGGACCUGUACCCCAGAUUGACAAUGGCUUCUCUGUUGGCUCAAACAAUGUGACGUACCGUGGUCAAGCUAUGUACCAAUGUUAUGCAGGCUUUGCUUUUCCAUCUGGUCUGCCAAUAGAAAGAGUAUCCUGUCUUGCUGAUGGUCGCUGGGAGAGACUCCCAACUUGCUUAGCUUCACAGUGCUCUCCUCUGUCAGAAUCACCACAUGCAAAUGUAACAGUUCUUAAUGGAGGCGGACGCAGUUAUGGAACAAUUGUGCGUUAUGAAUGUGAACCUGGUUAUGUCCGCAGUGGACAUCCUGUAAUUUUGUGUAUGAGUAAUGGUACUUGGUCUGGUGACGUUCCCACUUGCUCAAGAGCUCGUUGUUCAAAAUUCCCUGUAAUAAAGAAUGGAUUUGUAACUGACAUGUCCCGUGAGUACUACUUUGGUGAUGAGGCAAGAGUUCAGUGCUACAAAGGAUACAAAUUAACUGCAUCCAGUAUCAUCAAAUGCAGUAUUGGUCAGGAAUUUUUAAACCCACCAAAAUGUGAAGAUGUAAACGAGUGUGCCAACAGUCAGUGUGACCUUGCUUCAAGUGAAUGCAUAAACACAGCUGGUUCAUUUCACUGUCGCUGUCGUAAAGGGUUUGCUCCAAACUUGGAGUGUCGGCCUGUAGGAGACUUGGGACUCACAACAGGAGGAAUCCCUGAUGACGCUAUAUCUGUAUCUGAUGAGGAAGCAGAUUAUGACAAAACGAUGGUUCGGCUCAACAGUGGUAAAGGGUGGUGUGGUACCCGCAAGGAGCCAGGAAUCAACUGGGUGCUUAUUGACCUUAAAGCACCAACAAUUGUCCGAGGGUUCAGAACUCAGAGUGUGUUGAGACCAGAUGGUAACUUGGCAUUUACAACAGCAGUAAGAAUACAGUACACCGAUAAUCUAACAGACUUAUUCCGUGACUACACGAACCCAGAUGGAACACCAGUAGAGUUUCGUAUCCUAGAACCAAGUCUUUCUGUGUUGAAUCUACCUGUGCCCAUUGAGGCACAGUUUGUUCGUUUUCGAAUCCAGGAUUAUAUCGGUGCACCAUGUUUAAGAUUGGAAGUAAUGGGCUGCACACGACUUGAAUGUACUGAUAUUAAUGAAUGCAAAGUUAACAAUGGUGGCUGCGACCAGAAGUGUGUCAAUGGUCCUGGUAAUUACUCUUGUGGAUGCAAUGUGGGUUUUGAGCUGUUCCUGCAAAAUGGUACUGCAGGCUUCUCAGUUGCACCAUCAGAGAGUGGUGAGAGAGAUGAUGACAUUUUUCAGAGAAAUAAGACUUGUGUACCUGUUAUGUGCCCUCCACUGCAGGGACCUGAAAAUGGACUGGUUCUCUCAACCAAGGAAAUGUACCAUUUUGGUGAUCUGGUGGGCUUCCAGUGUAAUUUUGGUUAUGUCAUGUCUGGCUCAGCCACUCUGCUCUGCACUUCAGCUGGAGCCUGGAAUGGCACAGUGCCUGAGUGUCAUUAUGCUAAAUGUGUAUCCUUACCAAACGACAAAUCAAAUGGCUUAGAGGUGGUACGCCUUGAUUCAACAAAUGUUUUAGUACCAUUCAGAGAGAAUGUGAGUCUUACAUGUAGCAGUACUGGACGUAUUCUCAGGAAGACUGCUACUUCAAGUUUCCGCCAGUGUGUUUAUGAUCCGAAGCCUGGUCUGCCUGAUUACUGGCUGUCAGGUUUGCCUCCAGCCUGCCCUCGAGUUAACUGUGGUGUGCCACAACCUACUCCUGGAGCUGAAUAUGGAAAAUAUCUGGACACCAAAUAUCAGUCAUCCUUCUUUUUUGGUUGCCAAGAUACCUUCAAAUUGGCUGGCCAGACCAACCAUCAUGAUAACGUUGUUAGGUGCCAAGCAAAUGCUAUAUGGGAUUUUGGUGACCUGCGAUGCGAAGGGCCAGUUUGUGCUGAUCCUGGACGACCAACAGAUGGGUUCCAAAUUGCACGUAGUUAUGAACAAGGCUCAGAGGUAGAAUUUGGCUGCAAUCGUCCUGGCUACAUACUCAUUAAUCCUCGUCCAAUUACAUGUAUUCGAGAGCCUGAAUGUAAGGUAGUCAAACCACUGGGACUUACUUCUGGUGCUAUCCCUGAUUCAGCCAUAAAUGCUACAUCUGAGAGGCCAAACUAUGAGGCUCGUAAUGUGCGUCUGAAUUCAGUCACAGGAUGGUGUGGCAAACAAGAAGCAUUCACAUAUGUGAGUGUUGAUCUGGGCCAAGUGUUCAGAGUGAAGGCAAUUCUAGUAAAAGGAGUCGUAACAAAUGAUAUUGUGGGCCGCCCCACUGAGAUCCGUUUCUUCUACAAACAGGCAGAGAGCGAAAACUAUGUUGUAUACUUUCCCAAUUUCAAUCUAACAAUGCGGGAUCCAGGAAACUAUGGUGAACUAGCCAUGAUCACCUUGCCAAAAUAUGUACAAGCAAGAUUUGUUAUUCUAGGUAUUGUAAGCUACAUGGACAAUGCUUGUCUGAAGUUUGAGCUAAUGGGAUGUGAGGAACCUGGUGUGGAACCCCUGCUGGGCUAUGAUUAUGGAUAUUCACCCUGUGUUGAUAACGAACCACCAGUGUUCCAGAACUGCCCCCAGCAACCCAUUAUUGUUCAGAAAGGUCCACAUGGUUUAGAACCAGUGAACUUCACAGAACCAAUUGCAGUUGACAACAGUGGUAGCAUAGCCCGUCUUGAGGUAAAACCUCAGAGCUUCCGUACCCCAAUCCAAGUGUUCCACAAUAUGGUGGUCAAGUAUGUGGCAUUUGACUAUGAUGGAAAUGUAGCCAUCUGUGAAAUAAAUAUUACAGUACCUGAUGAUACCCCACCUUUGCUGAGCUGCCCUCAGAGCUAUGUUAUUGAGCUGGUAGACCGACAGGAGAGUUAUGCUGUCAACUUCAAUGAUACACGAAGACGCGUUAAUGCUUCGGAUGCAUCUGGUGAUGUGAGAAUUCAUUUCAUUCCUGAGCGAGCAACCAUACCCAUAGGAGGUUUUGAGAAUGUGACAGUUGUGGCUACAGAUAGAUCUGGUAACCAAGCAACAUGCCACUUCCAGGUAGCAGUGCAGGCAACACCUUGUGUAGACUGGGAAUUACAUCCACCUGCAAAUGGUGCACUCAACUGUUUGCCAGGAGAAAAAGGACUGCAGUGUAUUGCUACUUGUAGCCCAGGUUUCAGAUUUACUGAUGGUGAACCAGUGAAAACAUUCAGCUGUGAAGAGAAGAGUCCUUGGACACCAACAGCUGUUGUUCCUGACUGUGUGUCUGAAGAUACGCAGCAAGCUGACUAUCAUGUGGUGGCAUCUAUAAUGUAUCGAGCUAAUGGAGCUGUGGCAAUGCCUUGUCUGGCACAAUAUUCAGAUCUUCUAGCUCAGUAUUAUACAAGCCUCAAUCAAGUCUUGACUCAACGGUGUUCAGCUGUCAAUGUUAACAUGAGUGUGUCUUUUGUUGAUUCCAAACCAAGGCUACUUGAGGAAAAUGUUCUUCAGAUGGACUUUGUCCUGGUCAUUGUACCAGCUGUGAGGCAACCGCAGCUGUAUGAUCUUUGUGGCUCGACACUGAAUUUAAUAUUUGACCUGUCAGUGCCAUAUGCUAGUGCUGUGAUUGAACCCCUGCUCAAUGUAUCAGCUAUUGGUAACCUAUGUCCACCUAUUAGAGCACUGAAAUCAAACAUUUCAAGAGGUUUUGACUGUAAUGUGGGAGAGGUUCUCAAUAUGGACACAAAUGAUGUACCACGUUGCUUGCAUUGUCCAGCUGGAACGUUUGCAGGGGAGAAACAACAGCAAUGUACCCGCUGUCCUAGAGGCUUCUAUCAAAAUAGAGAUCGCCAAGGUUCAUGUAUUCGCUGUCCAAUGGGCACCUACACACGUGAGGAAGGUUCAAAGAGUAUAGGAGAUUGUGUUCCUGUGUGUGGUUAUGGAACAUACUCUCCAACAGGUUUGGUGCCAUGUUUAGAAUGUCCACGCAACAGUUACACAGGAGAACCACCUACUGAUGGCUUCAAGGACUGUCAGGCUUGUCCAGCUAAUACUUUUACUUAUCAGCCUGCAACUGGUGGGAAAGAAUACUGCCGAGCUAAAUGUUCUCCUGGGCAGUAUUCAGACACAGGUCUCUCUCCCUGUGCUCAGUGUCCACGCAACUUCUUCCAGCCCCAGCAUGGUCAGACAACCUGCUUUGAGUGUCCUACUAACACACGCACUGGUGGCCCAGGUGCAAUUGGUCGUGAAGAGUGUGAGCCCCUUCAGUGCACAGACAAUGCCUGUCAGCAUGGAGGACUUUGUGUGCCCAUGGGUCAUGGUAUCCAGUGUUUUUGCCCUGCUGGUUUCUCAGGACGUCGUUGUGAAAUUGACAUUGAUGAAUGUUCAUCUCAGCCUUGCUACAAUGGUGCAAGUUGUGUGGACCUACCCCAGGGAUAUCGUUGCCAGUGUGCACCUGGGUACAGUGGAAUAAAUUGCCAAGUGGAGCAGUCAGAUUGCCAUAAUAAGACUUGUCCAGAACGGGCCAUGUGUAAAGAUGAGCCAGGAAUCAACAACUAUACUUGUUUGUGUCGUUCAGGUUACACUGGAUUGGACUGUGAUGUUACGAUAAAUCCAUGCACAGCAAAUGGCAAUCCUUGUGCCAAUGGAGCAACAUGUGUAGCACUGCAACAAGGUCGCUUCAAGUGUGAAUGUUUGCCGGGAUGGGAAGGAUUGCAUUGUGAGAUCAACACAGAUGACUGCUCAGAACGUCCUUGUUUGUUGGGUGCUAACUGCACCGAUUUGGUAGCAGAUUUCAGCUGUGCAUGUCCCCCAGGAUUCAGUGGCAAGCGCUGUCAUGAGAAGAUUGACCUUUGUAGUACCAAUCCCUGCAAACAUGGAAUGUGUGUUGAUAAACUCUUCAGUCACCAGUGUAUUUGUUACCCUGGCUGGACAGGUGUGGCUUGUGAUGCGAAUAUAAAUGAUUGUGCUAGUUCACCAUGCGAGAAUGAUGGACAGUGUGAGGAUGGCAUAAAUGAUUUCCGAUGUACCUGUGAACCAGGCUACACAGGAAAGAGGUGCCAACACACAGUGGAUGAUUGUGCCUCUGAGCCAUGUCAGAAUGGAGCAUCAUGUGUAGACAAAUUGGAUGGCUUUGUUUGCAAAUGUAGACCAGGUUUUGUUGGUUUGCAGUGUGAAGCAGAGAUUGACGAGUGUCUCAGUGAUCCCUGUAGUCCAGAGGGAACCAGACAGUGCAUUGAUCUUGACAACAGGUUCUUAUGUCACUGUCAUGAAGGAUACACUGGAAAGUACUGUGAGGUGAACAUAGAUGACUGUGCUUCUGAGCCUUGUCUGAAUGGAGCAACUUGUAAAGAUGACGUGGGAGAAUUCCAAUGUGAGUGUCCACCUGGCUGGACUGGUUCUCGCUGUGAAUCUGACAUUGGCACAUGCCAGAACAAACCCUGCCAGAAUGACGCAACCUGCAUUAACUUAUUCCAGGAUUUCUUCUGUGUUUGUCCAUCUGGCACAGACGGAAAACACUGUGAGACUGCACCUGAACGUUGUAUUGGCAAACCAUGUAUGCAUGGAGGACGUUGCCAAGACUUUGGUUCAGGCCUAAAUUGUUCUUGUCCUGAUGAUUAUACUGGUAUUGGUUGUCAGUAUGAAUAUGAUGCAUGUGCAGCAGGGGCUUGCCGCAACGGGGCUACCUGCAUUGAUAAUGGCCCUGGUUACACCUGCGUCUGUCCACAUGGUUACACUGGUAAGAAUUGUGAUGAGGACGUUAUAGAUUGCAAAGAAAAUUCUUGUCCUCCGUCAGCAACAUGCAUUGAUCUCAUUGGCAAGUUCUACUGUCAAUGUCCUUUCAACCUCACUGGUGAGGACUGCAGGAAAACAAUCCAAGUGGAUUAUGAUCUAUACUUCAGUGAUCCAACAAGAAGCAGUGCCUCAUUGGUUGUGCCAUUCUUCCUUGGUGCCAAAUCUAGUCUUACUAUAGCUAUGUGGGUCCAGUUCACUCAGAAGGAUGAAGGAGGCAUCUUCUUUAGUCUAUACAGUGUCUCAUCUGCUCAUGUAGCAAGCGAGCGUCGUGUUAUGGUACAGGCACAAAGCAAUGGUGUUCAAGUCUCCUUGUUCCCAGACUUACAGGAUGUAUUCCUCAGUUUCCGAGAAUAUGCUACAAUUAAUGAUGGUCAGUGGCAUCAUAUUGCUGUUGUGUGGGAUGGACAGAUGGGUGGUGAACUUAGGCUAAUAACAGAAGGCCUCAUUGCCAGCAAAGUGGAGAGUUAUGGUAGUGGAAGGAAGCUUCCCCAGAAUGGUUGGGUAACACUUGGAAAACCAAACAGUGACAAUCCUAAAGCAUACACACAAUCGGGGUUCCAGGGACAUUUGACAAAAGUACAGAUAUGGGCAAGGGCACUGGAUGUUACAAAUGAGAUUCAAAAACAGGUUAGAGAUUGCCGCACAGAACCUGUGCUUUACCGUGGUCUCACCCUGACUUGGGCUGGAUAUGAUGACACAGUAGGUGGAGUGGAAAGAGUGGUGCCUUCUUACUGUGGCCAAAGAGUGUGUCUUGCAGGGUACGGUGGGGCUCAUUGUGAACAGCUGCAAGUUGACAAGGUGGCACCAGUUGUUGAGUACUGCCCUGGUGAUCUCUGGGUUAUUGCUAAAAAUGGUUCAGCAAUAGUUAGGUGGGAUGAACCCAUUUUCAAUGACAAUGUGGGAGUUGUCCGUAUAGAAAGAAAAGACAACCAUUAUCCUGGUCAAACACUUAUGUGGGGAACAUACACAGUGGCUUACGUGGCCUAUGACAGAGCCGGAAAUUCAGCGACAUGUUCAUUCAAAGUCUACAUGCUUGCUGAAUUUUGUCCUGAGCUUUCUGAUCCAAUUGGAGGGACACAAAUGUGUAAGGACUGGGGCUCAGGAGGGCAGUUUAAGGUGUGUGAAAUUGCUUGCAAUCCAGGACUUCGGUUCUCACAGACAGUUCCUAAAUUCUAUACAUGUGAUGCAGAAGGUUUCUGGCGCCCAACAAAUGAUCCAAAUCUACCUCUUGUUUAUCCUGCAUGUACUGCAUCUAAGUCAGCCCAGAGAGUUUUCAAGAUCAGCAUGUUGUUCCCUAGUUCUGUGCUGUGUAACAGUGCUGGUCAAGGUGUUUUGCGGCAGAAGGUACGCAGUGCAGUUAAUGCUCUCAACCGUGACUGGAAUUUCUGCUCCUACUCUGUUGAAGGUACUCAAGAGUGCAAAGAUCUGAACAUUGAUGUGAAAUGUGACCAUCGCUCUCGGUCUACAAGACAGAUUGAGGAACCAGAAGGAAGAUAUGUCUUAAAUGCCAGCUUCCCUGUGGACAAGCUGGGUAGACAAGCUCGCCAGGCCAGUGACACUUACAAUGUGGAAAUCUCCUUCCCAGCUGUCAAUGACCCUGUAAUAAAUUCCAAUUCAAAUGAGCGAUCCAGCGUGCAGCGUCUCCUUGAGAAACUGAUUCUAGAAGAGGAUCAAUUUGAUGUUCAUGAUAUAUUGCCCAACACCAUGCCUGAUCCAGCAUCACUUCAGCUGAAGUCAGACUAUGCUUGUCCAAUAGGACAAGUAGUAAUGGCUCCUGACUGUGUACCUUGUGCUGUGGGAACAUACUAUGAUGAACAGCAUCAAAUAUGUGAGCCAUGCCCUCUUGGUACCUACCAAAGUGAAUCUGGACAGCUGCAGUGUUCUCUCUGUCCACUCAUCGCAGGUCGGCAAGGUGUCACAAUUGCUCCAGGUGCCAGAAGUGCAAGUGAUUGUAAAGAACGUUGUCCAGCAGGAAAGUACUUUGAUGAUGAGACAGGGUUAUGUAGAAGCUGUGGUCAUGGUUUCUACCAGCCAAAUGAGGGUAGCUUCAGCUGUUUGCUUUGUGGGCUUGGGAAGACCACUAGAACUACUGAAGCUGUAUCACCAGAGGAAUGUCGUGAUGAAUGUGGUUCUGGAAGACAGUUAGGAGUAGAAGGAAAAUGUGAACCAUGUCCUCGAGGAACGUACAGAACCAUGGGUGUACAGGCAGCUUGUCAGGGAUGUCCAACUGGUCGCACUACACACAGACCCGGAGCUGCAGCUGUGGAGGAAUGCACAUUACCAGUGUGUCAGCCUGGAACAUUCUUGAAUGGUACACAGAACAGUUGCAUUCCAUGCAAGAAAGGAUCAUAUCAGCCUGAUCCACAACAAACAACAUGUAUACCUUGUCCACCAAACACCAGCACUAAGGGUACAGCUGCGACGAGCAAAUCAGAGUGCAGUAAUCCAUGUGAAAUGAAUGGACCAGGCAUGCACUGUGACCCCAAUGCUUAUUGCUUGUUGGUUCCUGAGACAAGUGACUUCAAGUGUGAAUGCAAACCAGGCUAUAAUGGGACAGGGAAAGUGUGUACAGAUGUAUGUACCGGCUACUGUGACAAUGAGGGUACAUGUGUGAAAGACUCUAGAGGACAGCCAUCUUGCCGCUGCAUUGGAAGUUUCACAGGCAAACACUGCCAGGAGAAGUCAGAGUUUGCAUAUAUUGCUGGUGGUAUUGCUGGAGCAGUUAUCUUCAUCAUUAUCAUCGUACUCCUCGUUUGGAUGAUUUGUGUUAGGUCAACACGUAGGAAGGAACCAAAGAAGAUUUUAACUGCAGCCACAGACCAGAAUGGGUCACAGGUUAACUUUUAUUAUGGAGCACCAACACCAUAUGCAGAAUCUAUUGCUUCAUCCCAUCAUUCAACAUAUGCUCACUAUUAUGAUGAUGAAGAAGAUGGAUGGGAAAUGCCAAACUUCUAUAAUGAAACUUAUAUGAAAGAGAGCCUACAUAAUGGAGGAAAAAUGAACAGUCUAGCCCGCUCCAAUGCAAGUAUCUAUGGCAACAAGGAAGAUCUCUAUGACAGACUUAAACGUCAUGCUUACCCAGGCAAGAAAGAUAAAAGUGAUAGUGACAGUGAAGGCCAGUGAGAUCUUUGAGAAAACUAAAGAUGACAAGAAUCUUUAAUCUGGUCAUUAAAAUGCUCAAGCAACUGUAUUUUAAGAUAUGGACAAUACGUGGACACUAUAAUUGGAAUGCUAUGUACAGCACCAUUACAAUUAGGCUGAUUGCAAAAAUUGAGUUUUUUAGGGCCUGUUUGGACCAGUCAGUCAACAGUGUUCAAGAAUGUGUAGUGAAAACUCUGUCUUUGCAGUCCGUCUGCAUGGAAGCUCUAUUGUAAAUGAAAAUUAAGAGAAACUGUACUACUGCUAUUGCUUUAUGUCUAAUAUAUCACUUACAUAAAAAUAUUUUGAUAUCUCAUCUUAUUAUUUGUAUAGGUAUCAUUUGUGUCAAUAUUGUAGUUUUAAUAUUUAAUUGAGAAUUUUUUACUCUUAAGUAAACCUGUAUGUAUGUGAAAGAACGUAUGACUGAGAUUUGUAAACAAGAUUUUGCAUAAAAGUGAGUGGUAUGUUAUAUAAAUGUUGUCAUCCAUGAUGGGAUUUUUGUGAAAAAGGAAGGUGUAUCAUACUCUUAAGCACAAAGUUUUAAACAAACUGUCAAGACCAACAGUGUGAUGAGUAACUAAUUUUGAAAAUGUAGCUGUACCAUAAGGAACACAUUUCAUGAAGAUGGUUCUAGAAGCAAGUAGAACUCAUUAUAUAUUACCAAAUGCUUGAAAAGAAAUGGGAUGCCAUUUCACCUGUUUGUAAAUGGAUCUGGAACUGUGGUGCUUACUACAGUAUACUCUUGAUUAUCUUUGUGUGGAUUAUUUAGUUUAUGGAAUAUUAUUGUACAUUUUUCUUUUGAUUUGUAUUACUUACUGAAUUUAUUAAGAACUAAUACAGUACAUGCUAUAUACACAGGUACCAUGACUUCCAUACAUCCCAUCUUGUGUUUUACUUGUCAGUUUCAUCGUGUCAUUCACAUGCCACAGACUGUUAUUGCGGGAUGUGGUGAGUUUGGAAAGUGGAGGAAGAAGUAAAUAUCAGACCUCCCCUUCCAUGGCAUUAAAAUGUGUUACUAUUGCAGUUAUAAUCACUUAAAUUAUGACUACAAAAUUGUAGCUGCUAAUAGAUAAUAAUGAAGGUACCUUGCCUGGAACAAAUCUGCAAUACAAAACUGCACAUUAACUUUCCAUAUCUGUUUACCUGUCCAUCUGUCAGUGUGCUUGCAUGAAGCUGAGAAUUAGGGAACUACAUUAAUACAUUCAUAGACUGGUUAAAAUGAGACAAUAUCCUGCUUUUCUGUACUCAUCUUGAGCAUAAUUUGCUAAAUAUUUAUUGAGCAAGAAAUGUUUUAGACAGAAGCUGUACUGAAAAAUGAAACACACAUGAAAGGAAGCAAACACACUAGAAUUGUUAUGCUAUGCAUACGUUUCCUAAAUUUUUUAGACUAUUCAUGCUUCAGUUCCCAUUCAUUUGCAGAGAUAAUUAUGAGUAUACUGUGUAUUAGGAUGAAACACAUUGGCCUAUUCUGAAAUCAUGAGCAACUGAUCUUUCUCUCUCUUCUGCUUCAGGUACUGAUUUAGCCAGAGUGUGUAUGUGGCAUACAUUUGCUAUUCAUGAAGCAAAGAAUAAAACUUGUUCAUGAAUAAAGAACCUGCACUUAAAUAUUAGAAAAUUAUUAAAUUGCAUAUUUUGUGAGGCUUCAAAAUAUAUCAGUUCUUAAUUUGGUUCUUGACAUCUGUUAGAAUGUACAGAAUUACUUUUGUUUCAUACUCUUGACUGUUGUUUUAUAAAUGCUCACAAUAUGUAUGACAUUCUACAUUUCUCCACAAUUUUCAAAAUGUUACUCAUAAUGUCACCACAGUGAAGUAGUAUCUCCGUCUCAGAAUAUUGUUAUAGAUAGCUAUUAUUUCUAAUACAAAAAUGUCAAUGGAAAGUUUUUAUGUAAUAUCAUUAAUGACAACACAUUUUUUUCUAAAAUGAAAA